GUACGAAAGGAACAAUCAGACAUCUAUCAUCAUCAUGGUAUGCACUAUAAUCACACUCGCACAGAAUUCCCUGACAGAGUCAGACACAACACUCAGAUCUCUCUUCAUCGAUUAAUACACUUUUGCAUAAACAAAACAAUUCUUGAAAUCUUGGCAAGGAAAAACAGAAAACCCUUUUCCCCACUCUCUCUCUCCUGCCCUUUUGUUUCCUCCCGUUGGAAGCCACACACACACACACAACAAACAGCAGAGUAAGUGUGACUGUGAAGAAAUGUUCCACAUGGAAGAGAAAUAAGUGUUCCUUUCAGUCCCAGCAAAAUCCAAUGCCAUUCUAGUUUCUGAUUCCACUUUCUUGAAUGAAAAGGAUAAUGUGACCAUAUAAUGCGUCGUGCUCGUGUGUGUAUAUAUACUUGUCUCUUGGAUUCUUGUUUUUCCAAGAUUUUGUAAUGUGGGCUCUUGUUUGUUUGGGUUGUUUGAGUGGAAUGUGGGUGGUUUUCAAGAAUUUGUAGGGUUUGCCCUGGAGGUGAUUUUGGUGGGAUCUUGGUCCCAAGAAUGGCGCUUUUUCGCAAAUUUUUCUACCGGAAACCGCCUGAAGGGCUCUUGGAGAUCUCCGACAGGGUUUAUGUCUUUGACUGCUGCUUCACUGCCAAUCUUAUCGAGCGCAAUGAGUAUGAAGUCUAUAUAGGGUGCAUUUUGAAUCAACUCCACGAAUACUUCCCGGAUUCUUCAUUCAUGGUUUUUAACUUUGAAGAUGAAGAAAAUACAGGCCAGAUUACUGAAGUAUUAUCCGAGUAUGUUACGACUGUAAUCGACUAUCCUAGCCAGUAUGAAAACUGCCCAUUACUCACCCUGGAAAUGAUUCACCACUUCUUGAAAUCAAGUGAAAGUUGGCUUUGCAUUGGGCAGAGGAAUGUACUCUUGAUGCAUUGCGAGAAUCGUGCUUUACCGAUACUGGCGUUCAUGCUGGCUGCUUUGUUGAUUUAUAUGAAGCAAUAUACAGGGGAACAAAGAACUUUAGAGAUGAUAUACAAGCAAGCACCUCAACAGCUUUUGCAAUUAUUGUUGCCUCUGAAUCCGCUACCUUCGCAGUUGAGGUAUCUACAGUAUGUCUCAAGAAGGAACAUUGGUUCGAGGUGGCCCCCAUUGGAUAGAGCGCUGACAUUAGACUGCAUCAUCCUUAGAGUCAUUCCUGAUAUGGAUGGGAAAGGUGGUUGCCGUCCCCUCGUUAGGAUAUACGGGCAGGAUCCUUUGAUGGCUGCUGAUCGAACGACUAAGGUGCUCUUCUCUAUGCCGAAAAGGACCAAAACUGUGGGGUAUGUCAAACAGGCAGAUUGUGAACUUGUUAAAAUUGAUAUCAAUUGCCAUGUACAAGGUGAUGUUGUUCUUGAGUGUAUUACAUUGGAUGAAAACCUAGAACAUGAAGAAAUGAUGUUCCGUGUGAUGUUCAAUACGGCGUUUAUCAGAUCAAAUAUAUUGAUGCUCACCCGUGAUGAAAUCGAUAUACUGUGGAAUGCCAAGGAUCAGUUUCCCAAGGACUUCAGAGCAGAGGUUCUUUUCUCGGAGAUGGAUUCUUCUUCUUCACUUGUCGGGCCUGAUUUGCCUGGGAUCCAAGACAAAGAGGGCCUUCCUAUUGAAGCAUUUGCCAAAGUUCAAGAUAUAUUUGACAACCUAGAUUGGCAAGAUUCGGAAACAGAUAUUGCCUUAAAUAUGAUUCAACAAAUGACAGCCUCCAGUAUUCUCCAGGAGACACUGGAGAUUGCUGCUUCGCCGAGUUCCAGAAAAGGAAACUGGCAGACUGUUUUCUCCAAGAGUGUGAAAGAUGAACAACUAGAGUGUAUUUUUCUCCGGAAUGCUUUACAAAAAAAGCUAGAGAACUCCUCUAUUCAAUCUGAAGUAACAUCGAUGACUGCUUCACCUCAGUCUGUCCAAGACCAGAACUUUUUCACUGUUUGUCCUGAUUGUAAGAAAGAGGGCAGAUUUCUUGAAGCAAGUAGUGACAUUGUUUCAGAGAGUCCAAAAUCUGAAGCUUCUGGAAAUGACACCACUGAAAAACCAUCUGUAGCCUCAAAAUCGUCCCUUGAUUUGAAUUUUAUGGCAAAGAAGAAUGACACCAGUGAACUGCAAGUUUCUGUUCAAAGGCCUGCUCAAUCUAAAAUCAUAUCACCACGAAUUUCUCCAACUUCACUAUCUACUCCAACUUCACUUUCUAAUUCCUCCCAAAGUUCACCUGUAGCUCUCUCAAGAUACCGUAGCCCCUCCACAGCACUUGGGAUUACUGCACUUCUGCAUGAUCAUGCUGGCUUUAGUGCAGACUCUUCUAUCUCAACAUCUGCUCCGUGUGCAUCGAAGCCUGUGCAAUCCACUAAUUCAUCUGUGCCGGCUCUAGAACGACUCCCCCCAGAGAACAAUUCAAUAUCAGGAUCAAAAGUUUCUCCUUGUCAUCCUGCUCCUCCACCACCAUUACAAUCUAACUCCUACUCAUCUGUUUCGGAACUGCCACAUACUUCACUUAAUCCUGACACUGGUAUGUCAGAGGAAGCUGCACCUUCUUGUAGGCAGCAAACUUCAGCUUCCUUGUCUCCAUCCCAAACUCCGCAUCCAUCCUCAGUCACAUCUGAACUUCCCUCAGCUCCAGAUACCUUAUCAGCUUCUCGACCAAAGCACCCCUCUCCACCUUCUCCCUCAGGAACAGCUCCACUUCAAUCUCUGUUAUCAGCACCUUUACCUCCCCCUCCUCUUUCCGCCUCGCCAGCAACUGCAUCCCCCUCUCCUAGGAUCAUCUCAUCUGGUGCUCCUCCUCCACCUCCAUUACCUCCAUGCUCAGGAACAGCUUUAUUUCCCUCUCAUGCAGAAACAACUGUGCCUUCUGCACCUCAAUGUUCAGGCUCAACAACAGUUUCUACCAGUGGAUGCUCAGCACCACCACCACCACCACCACCAUGUCCUCCUAGUUCUACCCAAGCUACGAAUUAUCCGUGUCCCCCACCUCCACCUGCUCCAAAUUUAAAUGGCUUAUCAAAAACUGGUGGUGCUUCUUUGCAGCUGCAUUCAUCUAUCAGUAAUGGAAGCAUACCUGCACCUCCUUUGGGUGCAAGGGGAAAGUUGCAACCAAGGAUGAAUUCAAGAAUGGCCCAAACAAAAAAAUCAUCCCUGAAACCAUAUCACUGGUUGAAGUUAACAAGGGCCAUACAGGGCAGCUUAUGGGCUGAGGCACAGAAACCUGAGGAGGCUUCAAAAGCUCCUGAGUUAGACAUAUCCGAACUCGAGACUCUUUUCUCAGCCGCUGUUCCAAAAUCAGAUCAAAGCACCAGAGGAAAAUUAAAUAGGCGUGGCUCAGUGCUUAAACCUGAUAAAGUCCAACUGAUUGAGCUAAGAAGGGCAUACAACUGUGAGAUCAUGCUGACAAAAGUUAAGGUUCCUUUGUCGGAUUUGAUGAAUUCAAUCCUUGCUUUAGAUGACUCGGCGUUGGAUGCUGAUCAGGUAGAUAAUCUUAUAAAAUUUUGUCCAACCAAAGAAGAAAUGGAACUCCUUAAGAACUACAAAGGUGACAAGGAGAACCUUGGAAAGUGUGAACAGUUUUUCUUGGAGUUGAUAAAAGUCCCACGUGUAGAGUCCAAGCUAAGAGUUUUCUCAUUUAAAAUUCAAUUUUCCUCCCAGGUAUCAGAUCUGAGAAAUAGUUUGAACACCGUGAACUCCACAUCUGAAGAGGUCAGAAAAUCUGUCAAGUUGAAACGAAUCAUGCAAACUAUACUUUCACUGGGUAAUGCUUUAAAUCAUGGAACAGCAAGAGGUUCUGCUGUCGGAUUUCGCCUGGAUAGCCUUCUAAAACUUACUGAAACAAGAGCCCGGAACAACAAGCUGACUCUUAUGCACUAUCUGUGUAAGGUGCUUGCUGAAAAGUUACCAGAAGUUUUAGAUUUUCAUAAAGACUUAGUAAGUCUAGAGGCUGCAACAAAGAUCCAACUAAAGUAUUUGGCAGAGGAAAUGCAAGCUGUUAGCAAAGGGAUUGAAAAAGUUGUACAAGAACUAACCUUGUCGGAACAUGAUGGUGCUGUGUCUGAAAGCUUCUCCAAGAUACUGAAAGAGUUUUAUGGCUCUGCUGAAGAGGAGGUGAAAUCCGUGGCUUCACUUUAUUCUGGAGUGGGAAAAAAUGCAGAUGCACUGGCUCUUUAUUUUGGGGAAGAUCCAGCGCGUUGCCCGUUUGAGCAAGUUGUCUCAACUUUGCUAAAUUUUGUGAGAAUGUUUCAACGCUGUCACGAGGAAAACUGCAAGCAACAAGAACUUGAGAAGAAGAAAGCACAGCAAGAAGCAGAAAACGGCAAGGGUAAGUUGAAUACUUCAAGAAAAGAGUUGGAAAACGAGAAUGUGAUGUCAAGUGCAGUGGUGUCUGAACUACAACCUCAGCAGUAAACUAAAAUCAUCUUUGAAUCAAUCUUCUCACAUCCUCGAGGAUUUGUUACUGGCAUUAGUAGUCUUUCCAUAUUUCAACACAAUAGCAGCACCACAGUUCAAGAAAACAAGUACUGGAGGAUACUGGCAAAGCGAUGAGCGACGACAAAUCAGGAAAACCAUAUAUAAAUGAAAGUAAUCUGAAGUCUGGAAGGCUGAGCCCCUGGGGACGGCAUAAUCGAUGCUGCUGAUGUCCAAUUAACCAUGUAUAGUUUUAUGUAUGUAAAAGGUCUAGUGCAAUGAAUACCAUGACAAAUUAACAACUACCACAUUCAUUAAUUUAGAUUGAUUACCAAGAUAAUUAAAUGCUAACAGAACCCAAAUGCACAUGUAUACUCAUGAGUUCGACAAACUGUCAUUGUUGUCCUCUGAUACAUCAUCUAAUAUUCUGCCAGUGAUGGCUGCCGCUAGUGCGGCUGUGAAGCUCGGGUUCCUUGUCAAGGAAGAAGCCAU